CUCUAUCUUUCCUUUCAAAAUGGACGGCAAAGGAACAAGCACAUUUUAUGGAAAGAUGAGAGAUUUGCACCUGUGUUACCUGGGCUUCCUGUGUGUCAAGAUGACCCUACAACACGUGCAGACUGGAGUCCAAUUGAAUACUUUUCACAGUACAUUGACAACAAGGUCUUUGAAGAUUUGGCAACAUACACAAAUCAAAGAGAGCUGCAAAUCAAAGGAGUGUGCAUGAACACCACGCCACAAGAAAUAAAAAUCUUCUUGGGCAUUUCAGUCCACAUGGCCUGCCUUGGCUAUCCCAGAAUUAAAAUGUUUUGGCCCAACAAAACUAAAGUGCCAGUCAUAAGUAGCAAAAUGACUAGGGAUAGAUUCUUCAGGAUAAGAAAUUCCCUCAAGAUUGUCAAUGACCUGGCUGUAACAGAGGAAACAAAGAAGGCAGAUAUUCUUUGGAAAGUCAGGCCAAUACUCGAUCGUGUGCGCCAAGGCUGUCUCAGCCUUGCAAAGCCAGAAAGGGUCUGCAUUGAUGAGCAAAUCAUCCCAUUCACAGGCCGUUGUCCAGUCAGGCAAUAUGUUCCCGGCAAGCCAAACCCUACUGGCCUAAAGGUCUUUGUCCUUGCAUCCCCAAAUGGUCUGAUGCUUGAUUUUGAAGUCUACCAAGGGAAGAAUACCUUUACAGUCCAAAGGUUAGGAGUUGGAGCUGCAGCAGUUCUACGCAUGGUUGAAUCUGUUCCAACAGGAAGCCACAUAUUCUUUGACAGGUACUUCACAACCAUAGAUCUAUUGGAUGCAUUGCUGGCAAAGGGCCUUCCUGCAACUGGAACUAUAAUGAAGAACCGUGUCCCAAAGCUGUGCCAGCUGCCAGUAGACAAACAGUUGAAAAAAGAGGGGAGAGGAACAUCAGUGUCAGUGGCCAGAAAGAGUCCUGAGCUGGCCAUCACAAAAUGGUUCGACAACAAACCAGUGCUCAUGGCAUCCACUGUACAUGGGAAAGACCCAGAAGACAUCUGUACCAGAUGGUCCCAGAAAGAAAAGCACCUGGUCCAGGUUAAAAGACCAGCAGUAAUUAAGCAGUAUAAUGAUAACAUGGGUGGCGUAGAUCUUUGUGAUCGCAUGCUUAGCUUCUAUCGUAUGUCAAGCAGGACCAAGAAGUGGACAUCGCGCGUGAUCAGUCACUUCUUUGAUGUUGCCAUCACCAACUCCUGGAUACAAUACCAGUCUGACAGCAAAGCUCUGCACAGACCAUCCAAGAACACACAUCAGUACCUGGACUUCAAACUACUCCUAGCUGAGGAGCUGUUGGAGAGUCCGGAACUGGAAAACAGCUGUGAAGAGAGUGAGGAUGAGUAUGAGCCACCAUCUAAAAUGAGGAUCCCACAACCAGAGCCAUCUGUGCGCAGACUAGGAGCCAUGCACAUGCCUGAGAUGAUGGAUACCAAGCAUGCAGAAAGAUGCAGAAAUAAGGGCUGCAAGAGCAAGACGUACAUGAGAUGUACCAAAUGCAAGAUGUUCCUCUGCAUUACCAAAAAGAGAAAUUGCUUCCAGGACUUUCACCACUAACAAAGAAAAUACUAAGAACAAAAUGAAGAGUGAAGGAAAAAGCUAGAUUGGAUUCAGUUUGACAGAAGGAAAAAAUCUAAAAUAAAUCUG